CGCAAUAUUGUCUGAAUAAAGUUUAUUUAAAAAAAAAACACGGUUAACCCAUAGACUGUAAUAGACUGUAAUUAUUGGGGUAACCUUGCAUUGCUUUCACGUGAUCCUUGGAUUUCUCGGAGUAGGAAAAAUACGGACGCAACAACAGCUCAUAAUGUUGUAUGUUAUUGUUCAGAACUAAGCUGGUUGACUAUUAUAAUCGUUUUCGAUGGUAAAGGGGACACAUAAGCCCCCCCAAAAAUGGCUGCUAGUAUAGAGUUCUUCAUAUUCCAAUUAUUUCAACAUCACUACAAAUGCAUCUCCAGCCGUAGCAACCGAGGCAGUCGGUCUAUGUACCCUAUCAACCAUGGAGGCUCAGCUUUCGUUGAUGGAUGAAAACGACGAAGAAAACACCAAAGAACAAGAAGAGCUCCUCUUCGACAGAGUCCAAGAACUAAAACGUUCCAAUGCUGUCCUCCAGGUAGAGAUAGACCUGUUUGAACGCUUUAUCAGCCGCAUUGAUCCUCAUGACCUCCUGUCCCAGGCGGGGGGAGACAGUCCAGGAGGGUCGCAGCUGGAGGGAGGGGGUCGUGGGCAGAGGCGCAGGUCACGCUCCCACGUUUCAGAUCGCCUCCAACAGCUGACUUUGGAACAAAAACUCUAUGUGGCACAGAGAGUGAGAGAGAUGCAACAAGACCAAGACAAACUCAAACAGAGAUGUGAGAGGAUUCAGGACAACUUCAAGGCCUCCUUACAAGAGGCAGAAAUGAGUCUUUCAGAAAUCAGGAAGGCUCAGCACGAGUUUGAACGCAGACUGCUGAAACCUCUUAAAGACAACAGGCUGGACAUGAAGGAGCCUGAGAAGGUGCUGCAGUGCAUCACAGAUAAGUCAAAGGUCUCACAGUUGGAGAAGUUUCUUGUGAAGAACCAGGCCCUGAAGGUCCAUGAGAAGAAGCUCCAGCAGCAGCUUCUUCAGAGAAGAGAAGCAGGAAAAGCUGAGUACGAGGACGUCUUUCAGGAGUUUACUGAGCUGAGAAUCAACAAAAACCUGGAUGAACUUCAAGUCAACAAUCUGAAAGUCCAACGUUUCCUCAGUUCACAGAAGGAGAAGCUGCAGAGUGUGACUAGGGAGUCCACGGAGCUGAGCAAUGACAUCACAAACAAGAAGCAGAUACUGGGGAAAAUCGAGGAGGAGAUACAGCAUGCUCAGGAGGAGCAGUUAAAGGCAGAGGCUCUCAACCAACACCUGCGUUGCCAAAUGACAGAUUAUCAGGCUCCAGGAGUCCUGGAGUACAUUCAGGUCAAGGACAAACACAAGAAGCUGCUGCAGAAAAUUAACACGUGGGAGAGGAAGGUUCGCAUCGCUGAGAUGUCCUCGACGGCCCACAGUAAAGCCUGGAAAACACAGAGAACCACUCUCACUCCUGCAAACAGCGCUGUCGCUGGAGCCGGAUCUGGGCAGCACCGACUCCCAGUGAAGCUGCCGCACAUAGCAGAACACGUCAGCACAUAAGAGACACACUGCUCUGUUCACUCAUACUGUAACGUGUGCUCUGACCCCUCUGAGAAUGUUUUAUUAGGAGCCAAAAUGUUGUAAUGUGAUCUCAUUUUAUCUCUGCAUGAGACCCGAUGUAGGGCAGUAUGUUGCGAACAUGUGUAAUUCCAACACUGACCACCAGGUGGAGGCUUAUUUAGGAUAAAACCAAGGCUCUUGUACUUGUACUGGAGUUAGGUUAGAAUUUAUGUUUAAUAUUCAACAUCGUUAGUAUACAUUUAAAGACUGUACGUCCUGAUAACAUGGACCUAAAAAUGUAAAAUUAUCACUAACACCAAAUUAUAUAAAAUAGUUUAAAUUAUAUUUAUACAUAAAGGAGCAAUCUGUAACUCUGACCCCUAGUGUUUAAAAUUGGUAC